AAGGCAACAGCUCUGCUAUAAAAGCAUACAGAUAACCAUAUCAUAUGUUGUACACCACCUUUGAGCUGACAAUUAACUUAAUACUUUCUCUCUAGCUACAGCAAUGGCUAUCCAAAAACUACUUUCACUUCUCUUUCUUCAAUUCAUGCUGAGUCUUCUUCUAACUAAUGCAAAGAGCCUGAAACUGGGAUUCUACAAUAAUACUUGCCCCAACAUGGAGGACAUUGUUUUUAAAACAACAUACCGAUACAUUUCUCGCGCUCCAACUCUUGCAGCUGCUUUGUUGAGACUGCACUUUCAUGAUUGUUUUGUCAGGGGAUGUGAUGGUUCAGUGCUACUGGAUUCUACAAACAACAACAAAGCCGAAAAAGACGAAUUCCCUAAUUUAAGUUUAAGAGGGUUCGAAGUUAUUGAUGCAGUUAAAUCUGCAGUAGAAAAGAAAUGUCCUGGUGUGGUUUCUUGUGCUGACAUCUUAGCUAUGGCUGCUCGUGAUGCAGUUUCAAUGAUUCAUGGACCUUACUGGGAUGUUCCCACUGGAAGAAGGGAUGGGAGACGGUCAAUAGCAGCAGAGACUUUCCCAAACUUACCUCCUUCUUCCGCCAAUAUAACUUUACUCAAACAAAUGUUUGCCGCAAAGGGCUUAAACGUAAAAGACCUUGUAGUUUUAUCUGGAGGGCACACCAUCGGAGUAGCUCACUGCAAAUCUUUCAGCGAACGUUUGUACGAUUUCUCUGGCAAAGGUGACACCGACCCUUCAUUGGAUUCGAAGUACGCAGAGAAAUUGAGGAUUAAAUGCAAGCCUGGAGACGCCAGUGCGAUUGUUGAGAUGGACCCUGGAAGCUUUAAAACUUUUGAUGAAGAUUACUACAGUCUUGUAUCUAACAGAAGAGUUUUAUUUAAAUCUGAUGCAGCUCUUCUCAAUGACAAAUAUACAAGAAAUUAUGUGAAACUUCAGGCUGCUACACACGGUUCUUCCUUUGCUAAUGACUUUGCUCGGUCCAUGGUAAAGAUGGGGAAGAUUGGAGUUCUCACUGGUAAAGCCGGUGAAAUCAGGAAACAGUGUGCUUUUGUUAAUUAAUAAAUGGCAUAUAUAUAUAUUUGCUUAUCUUUUCCAAAAUCAACUUUUGAUUGUAUAAUAAGCAAACAAGAUUUUUCCACCAUCCAGAGCCAGAAAUGGCUGCGGAAUGUGAUUUUCAAUGGCUCGGCUGGAGCCUUCAUCUUGUUAAUUAGGUGGGCAUUUCCUCUCUCUCUGUAAU